GGAGUGGAGAGAAAACCAGAAAAAAUAGAAGGCAUUUGGAGGAGGCUAGGUCUUGAAGAGGAGAGCAAGCCUAGAGAAAUCUCAAUCCAAGUGCUAGGGUUGUAGAGUUUUCUUCAAUCCAAACAAGGUGAUUCGCAUUGAGAGGAGGUUAGCCGAGUUGGUCUUGAGUCAUUGUCGCUCUGAUACGUAGCACUCGGGGGGACGAAUGCGUUAAUUUACUUGCUAUUGAUUUAUCAUGUUUUGGCAAAUACUUGAGUUAUUUAUUUGAGAUUGCCACUUUAAUUGUGUUAAUUAUUGAAUUAAGAUGCUAUGAAUCCUUGAACUAAUUGUUGAGUUUCCGUUGCACUUCUAUGGAAGUUGAUUCAUGUUAAAGUCUAUCAUUCGAUGUUGUCGGUUCUUCCGUAUUUGGUGAAUGCUAUGUAUCCGCUUUAUGCGACGAGGUGAUUUGUCUUUGAGAAUGAAUAUGUGAUACCUCAAUUGCUUAUUUUGUGAAUUUUUAUACUCUGAUUUUAUUUAAAUUUCGUGGGUAGAAUUGGGGUGUUACAUUAGUGGUAUCAGAGCAGGUCGGUCUUGUCCGGCCAAGUGUCGAGUCAUACUGUUGUCUAACAGUCAUGUAUUGUUGUUUGUGCUGAUUAUUUUUGUGUUGUAGUGACGCUAUGGCUGGGAGGAAUGAUGCUGCGAUUGCUGCUGCUUUGGAAGCGAUGGCUCAGGCUAUGUAGAACCAACCGAAUGCUGACGAGAGUGUUGGAUCUCGUAGUUUGGCGACUUUCCAGAGGGAGAAUCCGCCGGUGUUCAAGGGUACGCAUGACCCUGAUGGUGCUCUUGAGUGGUUGAAGGAGAUCGAGCGAAUCUUUCGUGUUAUGGAUUGCACUCCUGCACAGAAGUUUAGAUAUGGCACUCAUAUGCUGGCUAAGGAAGCAGAUGAUUGGUGGCUAGAGACCCGUAGGAGGUUGGAGGCUCAUGGUGAGGAGAUCACUUGGAUUGCGUUUCGCAUGGAGUUCUUAAGGAAAUACUUUCCUGAGGAUGUCCGUGGUAAGAAGGAGAUUGAAUUCCUUGAGCUGAAACAAGGGAACAAGUCUGUUGUGGAGUAUGCUGCUAAGUUUGGUGAGCUAGCUAAGUUUUACCAAUACUAUGAUGGUGCGAAUGGUGAGUUUUCCAAGUGUAUCAAGUUUGAGAAUGGGUUGCGUCCAGAGAUCAAGAAAGCGGUCAGUUACCAGAAGAUCCGUAUUUUUGUUGAUUUGGUUGAUAGUUGUCGGAUUUAUGAGGAGGACAACAACGCUCAUUAUCGUGUUAUUAAUGAGAAGAGGGGCAAGAAUCAACAAAGCCGUGAGAAACCAUAUGAUGCUGGUAAAGGGAAGCAAAGAGUUGCUCAUGGUCAUAAGACUAGUGGGGGAGAUGCUCCUGCUAGGGUUGUAUGCUUCAAGUGUGGUCGACCUGGUCAUAAGAGCGAUGUUUGUACUGCUGAUGUGAAGAGGUGUUACCGUUGUGGUAAGACGGGACAUAUGUCAUCUGCUUGUAAGCAUAAGGAUGUUGUUUGCUUUAACUGUGGUGCGGAGGGGCAUAUUGAUAGCCAAUGUCAGAAGCCAAAGAAGACAGUUGUAGGUGGUAAAGUGUUCGCUUUGUCAAGCACUCAGACAUCUAGUGAGGACGGCCUUGUUAGAGAGGUAAUCAAGAAUAGACGUAGAAGCUCGAGGAUAGUUUUGUGGAAUCUUUUAGUGCUUUAUAUUUGAAAAAAGGAUCUUGCUCAGAUACGUAACAUCGAGUCUUUGGGAUCGCUUGAAUCGAACCAUACGUUCUUUGUUGACAUGAUGUUUUGAAAUGUUUUUAUGCGUUUAAGUUGUUUUGAAUAUAAUUUAUGAAUCAUGAAGAAGUGAUGGUAUAUUAUUUGAAACGUUUGGAUAAAGAUGUUUUGAGACGAUAAUUCCGCUACGAAGUUUGAAGUUUCAUGCCCGUUUGUUCUGGCUUUUUUUAAAAAUAAUUUUUAUAGUGUUACACAAUUUUGUGAAAAAUUUUUUUACAAAGAAACUUUUUAUAAAAGCUUCAAAUGAAAAUUUUGUUUGAAUAGUUAUUCUUAAAAUGUGAUUUUAGGUAUUUCAUCUAUUUA